CGGAAAGCAAGCUGCCGGACUGAGGGAGGGAAUCCCGGCUCUGGAGAUGGAGCCCCCCGCCGCCACCUUCAUCCGAGGGGUGGGCGACGAGGUGACGGUGGUGGCCGGCGUCACGGUGCUGGUCCUGGCUCUGGUCCUGGCGUGGCUGUCCACCUACGUCGCUGACAGCAGCAACCAGCUUUUGGGAACGAUUGUUGCGGCGGGGGACGCGGCUGUCAUCCGGCUCGGCCAUGUGGAGCGGUACGUGGGGACAGCGGGGGCGGCCGAAGCCCUGGAGCCCCCCAGGGUCCCCGAAAACCCAGAGGAGAAAACAGAAGAGGAAGGGGGGGCAGCGUCGGGGCCGGCGGUGGAGCAGGGGGACAGCGGCAGCUCCCCUGACCCCAGCCUGGAGCGGCUGCUGGACGUCCGCAGCUUGCCCAAACGGACCUCGGCCGCUGAGCCCAGCGGCCCGGACAGCCCGGACGGGCCGCCCGCCCCAGGGGGGAGCGACCUCUGCUCCGGCCUCAUCAAGAUCCGGCUCAAAUUCCUCAACGACACGGAGGAGGUGGCCGUGGUCCGGCCCGAGGACACCGUGGGGGGCCUCAAGAGCAAAUAUUUCCCAGGCCAGGAGAGCCAGAUGAAGUUCAUCUACCGUGGGCAGCUGCUGCAGGACCAGGGCCGGACGCUGCGUUCGCUCCACAUCACGGACAACUGUGUCAUCCACUGCCACCGCUCCCGCAGCGCCGCUGCUGCCGCUGCCCUGCCCGACCCCAGCGCCGCUACCCCUGACGCCGGCGGCCUCCAACUCGGUGCGGGGAACCUGAUGGUCCCUGCCGUCAUGGUGAUGCUGGCAGUCGUCUGGUAUCUCCGCAUCAACUACCGGCAGCUCUUCACCGCCCCGGCCACCGUCUCCUUGAUCGGUGUCACCGUCCUGUUCAGCUUCCUGGUGUUCGGGAUGUACGGACAGUAGGGACUCGACCGGGAGGUGCCACAGCCUCCAUGUCCCCGUGGGAGCGUGGCGCUUGGGCGGGUGCCGCUUUGUCCGCCAUGGCGUUACGGUGACCGGAGCCGGCGCAGCGGGAGCUUGGCACAUCAUUCCCAGUCUCGGUGCCGAACUUUGUCCCCCCGGAAGGGGCUGUGCUCCCCCGCAGACACUGUCCUCUUCCCUCCCUGCCCCAAGCACAGCUCCGGGGAGGAGAGCCGGGGCAGGCACCAUCCCUCCAGCUCCUCUCCCAGCGAGCGUGCCAGCUCUGUGCACUCGGGCUCGCUCCGGCAGUGAGCUCCUGUGCUCGCUCAGGACAGCAUCGCACCCCACACGCAUCCUGCCCCAUCCCCUUCUCUGGGGCAGUAUCUCAGCCACAAUGAACAGCGAGGCGGGUACGAGCCCAGGGCCCCACACCGGAACGGGCUGCGGCUUCCUCCCAGAGACUUUUUAAAGCAAAUAAAAGGUGUAAGGUCA